CAAGAAACACAACCUGAGAAACUCAACGGAACAGAACAGCAGGCUGACAGUGGUGCACUUAUUAAAACUAAAGGUUCCUUCUGCAGAACUCAAAGUAAAGGUUCUAGAUCCUUGAAUGAUCUUAAGUGGAACAACAGUAAAUAAAGUCAGAACCUGAAGAUCUCUCAGUGUCCUUCAUUUGUAGAGAAGACAAACACAGAGUGCAGACGUUGGACGUUUGAGUUUCCUAUAAAUACAUGCAACAGGAAGUGGUUAUGAAGCAGAGAGCGUGCAGAACCAGGGAGCGCAUGAGAAGCUGUAACAGUAAAUAUCAGUAAAGAACUGAGCUUGACGUGUGUUAAACGUUUGAGAGAGAAUAACCGACUCCAUCACUCAUCACUCCUUCAGUAUAUCCAUGGGAACUGAUAAGGAGUCCGAGACGGAGGCACGUGCAGAUUUGGAGAAAGGUGAAGUGACGCGUGAGGAGGAGGAUGGAGGAGAGCGCGCGGACGACGGGAACUUAUUGAACACGUACAUCUGGCACACGGGUGGUGCACGAGGCGAUCUACCAGAGAAAAGUGCGGGAAACAAGUGGAGUAAGAUGCAGAGCUGGAGGAAAGCGCUGAGUGAGGAAACACCCGAUAAAUCACCGGCACCAUCACCGGCACCGGGGGCGCGCGGAAACACCAAACCUGCCAGCGGGAGGAAGAACCCAUUCCGUAGAGCGCUGUCAGAACCUCCCGGCUCGCUUCUCUCCUCCAUUCUGUCUCCUUCAUCAUCAUCACCCUCACCGGUGGAGACCGGUGCGGCCACAGAGCCGCCGCAGGGCGGGAAACUCCGCAAAUACCUUCGGCAGGUGUCGCAGAAACUGAAGAGGCCACGCGCACCGAACCGAAAUGACACGAGCACCACACAACAACAACAACAACAACAACAACAACAACAACAACAACAACAACGCGAUGAUGUGUCAAGUGUGGAUGCUGCAGAUUCAGUUCAGUUUACCUGGGUUCCUCAGGAUGUUCCUGUGUGGGACAUCAACAACUGUAUCCUUCAGGAUGGACAGAUUUUUAUAUCCCGAGAGGAGGAGCCGUUGUUACGGAUGAGGAAUCGAGCCAGUAGCUGUCUGUCAUCUCUCAGUCUGCAGAACCUCACAGAGAGUCACUCCAACCUUGAGUGCACACCAGAUCAUGUGACUGUGGCCAACACCAUGAAGCCCAAAACUCAGGAUGGUGGAGUGAGAAUGAAGAUAAAACGCAGACUGCAGGGUGGAGCUCACAGGAAACUGAGCAACCCACAGCUGAACCUAGUGGGACUGAGUCCUGCAGCACGCUUUGGUUCCCGAGACUCUCUCUCUGUCCCUCUGAGUGCAGCAGAAAGUCUGGAUGUGAGCUCCGACCUCACUACAGUCAUCCGGCCGGUUCACAGCUCCAUCCUGGGGGAGAAAUACUGCUUUGAAGUGAUUAACUCAGACAGUAACCACUGCUUCGGCUGCAGCUCUGCAGCUGAGAGGGAUCGCUGGAUUGAGAACCUGCGACGUGCUGCUCGGCCCAAUAAGGAUAAUUGUGAGCGCACAGAGAACUCUCUCAGCCUGUGGGUGAACGAAGCUAAAGGUCUCCCACCAAAAAAACGCUACUACUGUGAGGUUCAUCUGGAUGGUACGCUGUUCGCUCGCACCAGCAGUCGCUCCGUGGGUAAAGCAUCUUCAAUCCCUGUGAAUGAUGGAGGGUCAAGUGCUGUGGUUGUGUCUUCUGGAGCAAGUGGAAGUGCAGGGGGGUGCCAGCUGUUUUGGGGUGAGCUUUUUGAGCUUGAUAAUCUGCCCCCUGUUACACAGAUAACGCUGCACCUGUUCCGUGAUGAUAACCACAAGAAGAAGCGCCACUCGAAGGAUGAGAGCAUCUCUUACCCAUUGGGCAGCGUUGCCCUGUCUCUGGCAAACAUUAAGGGACGAGUGUUUCAGGAGAAAUGGUAUCCCAUCCUUCCCUACAAAGCUCUUGGCACAGGUGGGGCAAAGGAACAGCUUGGGCCACAGGCAAGUAUCCGGGUGAAGGCACGAUUCCAGAACCUGCAAGUGCUGCCGAUCGAGAGAUAUAAGGAGUUUGCAGAGUUUGUCACACAGGGGUAUGUGGAGAUGUGCAGCAGCCUGGAGCCCCUGCUGAAUGUCAGGGACAAAGAGGAGCUGGCUGGAGCACUUGUCCAUGUCCUACAGAGCAUCGGAAAGGCCAAGGAGUUCCUGAUCAAGCUGGGUCACGCUGAGGUCCAGCGUUCAGGGGAGAAAGAGGCUCUGAUCUUUAGAGAAAACACUUUGGCCACCAAAGCCAUAGACGAGUACAUGAAGCUGGUGGGGCAGAAAUAUCUCAUCGAUACUCUUGGAGAUUUCAUCACUCGACUGUAUGCAACCUCAGAAAGCUGUGAAGUCGAUCCACAGAAAUGUUCUGCCUCCGAGCUACUCGUCAACCAGCGGCACCUGAAGGAAACAUGUGGAGAAGUUGUGCGGCAGAUCACAGAGACACAAAGCUCUUUUCCAGUGGAACUGAAUGAAAUUUUCUCCAGCUGGGUGUGUGAAUGUGAGGAACGUGGACGAGCGGACAUCGGACACCGCCUCAUUUCAGCAUCUUUGUUCCUCCGGUUCCUCUGUCCAGCCAUCCUCAGUCCCUCUCUUUUUGGACUGACCCAACCAUACCCAGAACCCAAUACACUCCGUACUCUGACUCUUACGGCUAAGGUGCUGCAGAACCUCGCCAACUUCACACCGUUUGGAGAGAAAGAAGGGUACAUGCUGUUCAUGAAUGAGUUCCUGGAGGAACAUUGGGAUGAUAUGAGGACUUUCCUGCAGAAAGUAUCAAACCCUGACAGUGAACUAGAGAUGGCUCGGUUUGAUGGCUAUGUAGAUCUUCCUUUAUGCCUCUCUGUGCUUCACAGCCUGCUGGUUGAUAUCAUCUCCCCAAUGAAAGUGGAAACUAUAAACAACCUGCAGCCACUACCCUCCAUCCUGAACCAGAUCACAGAGGAUCUCGGCCCAGAUGUUCCCCGGAUUAUCUGCAGCAGGUACAUUUGUGAAACAGCCAAGCCCACAUACAUUCCUCCCAGAGAUCUCGACAAGUACAGCCCACUGAACACGUCCCUUCAGCAACUGCCCACAAAUCCACGCAAUAUCAAGAGCAAACGGAAGCAGGUGACAAGGACACAGAGUGUCCCUGCCUCUGAGAGACACCACCGCCAUCCUCUGAAGAGAACAACCAGCAACACUGAGUUGACCGAGACACCCGACAACCACUAUGAGGAGAACCAGGAGAAACACAUGGAGAUCUCACCACCACAGCAAAAUUUGCCUAAUAAACCUGCACCCGCUCCUGUUCCCUGGAUCAAAGAGCACGUUCAGACUGAGACAAGCCUGCUGGAAAAGUAUGCUCAGGAGUUGUGUGAGCUGCGUUUGGGGGUGGAUCAGGUGACAGACCGUGAGCUGGAGAUGGCAAAGCGAUUGGAGGAUUUCAUUGCUGUGAGUCAGGAGCAUCAGACGCAACUGCAGGUCGAACUGCAGGAACUGCGCAGUGUGUUAGUGCUGAGAGAAGAGCAGCUCGCCAGUGCCACCUUCAGAUUGGGUGUGAUCGAGGAGGAGCGUGAGGAAGAUGAGAGGAAGCUGAGUGUUGCUCUGGCUGCAGCUGAACGCAUGAAUGUGUUGGAGGAGCAGUUUGCUCGUCUGUUAAAAGACAUGCAGCAGCUGAAUACAGUUCAUAGUGACGACCUGAGCACAUCACACAUCAGUGAGACACCUUGACAGUGCGACACCUUGACAGUGAGACACCUUGACAGUGAGACACCUUGACAGUGAGACAUUGUGUAUGAUGUCAUAAUGGGUGUCUAAGUGUUUUUACCCAGAAUCCUUUAUAUACAGUUUUUGCUUCUGUGAUGUUACACUGUGAAGUAUUUAGUGUUAUUGUGUUAAAGUUCAAAGUGUUCCUGGUUGUGUGUCACUCUUACUUAUUAGUAAAACAAUGUGUGUGUGUGUGAGAGAGAGAGAGAGAGAGAGAGAGAGAGAGAGAGAGAGAGAGAGUAACUCAGCAGUGCAGUGAAACAUUAUUUUCU